GCCCUCCCUGGCGGCCGAGCCCGACAGCGCCGAUCAGAAAAUGGGGGUGGACAGCGGGCGGGGGGAGCGAUGCGUCCUCGGCUCUCGAUCUCCUAAAAUGGCGCUGAAGAGCUGGGCCCGCUCGUCCUGGAGUUCUGGAGGCAGCUGAAGAGGCUGCGCCUGUCGUGUUGAACUCCGAAAAAAAUGAACCUUAUUUCCCUUGGUCUGGCUGCGGCGGGAGUUCGGCAGCUGCAGACAGAGCGGCAGCAAUUUCGUGCUCUCUGUGAAAUGUGAGUUUUGACCGCGUAACGCAGCGCUCAGCUGCCGUCGAAGAUUUUGCCGACUCAUCUUCUGUCUUCGGGUCAGCCCGCAGCUCAAGAGACCCUCCCCGUCUGCGGGCGGGGACUUUGGCGGCCCAGUGUACUCCAUCUUAGGAAAUAAAGAAAUGGAUGGGAUGGAUGAAACAUCUAAAAGAAUCCUAGAGCCAUACCAAUAUUUGCUUCAACUACCAGGUAAGCAAGUGAGAACCAAACUGUCACAGGCCUUUAAUCACUGGCUGAAUGUUCCAGAAGAUAAAAUACAGGUUAUCAUUGAAGUGACAGAGAUGUUGCACAAUGCAAGCCUGCUUGUGGACGAUAUCGAAGAUAACUCAAAGCUACGGCGGGGCUUUCCAGUGGCACACAGUAUCUAUGGAAUUCCAUCUGUAAUCAACUGUGCUAAUUAUGUUUAUUUUCUUGGCUUAGAGAAGGUUUUAACCCUUGAUCAUCCAGAUGCCGUUAAAGUUUUUACCCGUCAACUUCUGGAACUCCAUAAAGGUCAAGGCUUGGAUAUUUACUGGAGGGAUACUUACACCUGUCCUACGGAGGCUGAGUAUAAAGCUAUGGUACUGCAAAAGACAGGUGGUCUCUUUGGGUUAGCUGUAGGCCUCAUGCAGCUGUUCUCAAAUUAUAAAAAAGACUUAAAGCCUCUGCUUAACACACUUGGUCUCUUCUUCCAAAUAAGAGAUGACUAUGCCAACUUGCACUCCAAAGAAUAUAGUGAGAACAAGAGUUUUUGUGAAGACUUAACUGAGGGCAAGUUCUCAUUCCCAACCAUUCAUGCAAUUUGGUCAAGACCUGAAAGUACUCAGGUGCAAAACAUUUUGCGUCAAAGGACAGAGAACAUAGAUAUAAAAAAAUACUGUGUACAUUACCUUGAAAAUGUUGGUUCCUUUGAGUACACUCGGAAUACAUUGAAAGAGCUUGAAUCUGAAGCCUAUAAACAAAUUGAAUCUCUUGGAGGAAACCCUGAGCUUGUAGCACUAGUUCAACAGCUGAGCAAAAUGUUCAAAGAAACUGCAAAUUAAAAAAUUAACGUCUGGGUGUGGAUUAAAACUGUUUUUAAAAUUGGAAAAUAACCAGAUGGAGAGGUGUGAUAAUCAGUCUCAUGUAAAACUUUGUCUUGUAGCUAUGUUACAAAAAUUACUGUUAAAAAUAACUUGUCACUGAGUUUUGAAAUAUAUACCCUAUUAUCUCUGAAGUCUUAACUGUAACUGCUUACAGUUGGUUUUGUUAAAGCAGAUGUACUAGAACUAAAACAAGUUUUGAAUCUAAAUGUAAUAGUCUUUACACAAUCACAGGGAUUAUUUCAUACCUAAAACUCUCAGGCCCCUAACCAGGCUAUGAUAGGAUUCUGGUUGAAAUUCUGUGUUAAAUUAAAUCAGGUUGACAUGUGUUUAUUGUGCAUUUUAAACGAUGCUCUUGUAAACCAAAAUGUGUGUUAAAAAACAAAAGAAGAUACUUGCAACCACAAUGCACGUAAAAUUGUUGUGUGAUAUUUCUAAGUUUAACUUGAGAAGAUCAGGUGGAUCAGUUUACUAUGUCCUAGGGUGAAUAUCCCAUUCAGUUUCUGUGGGUAUUUCCAGGGGAAAGUGAGUUAUAAAAGAUAUUAUUUCAUAGGCAAAUAAGAAAUUGUGACUUCAUAAAGAUUUUGAAGUACCUUAGAAAAAAGAUUUCAUCACAUCAGCAAAGUGUAGAUUUGCUGCUGAUUCCAGCUCUGCAGUGAGUAAUUUUGCUAACCUGGUUUUAGAUUUUGAAAUUGUCAUUCUGUAGCCAGAAACUUAAAUCUAUGCAUUAGAGCUCAUAUAUGUAACUGUAGCUAGCACCAUAAUGAGCUGCUGUUAGAAAUGGAAAAUUAUUCAUACCAGGUAACUUUAGGACACCAUGAUUGGUGCAGGUCUCUUUUAUCUCUGCUUAUAAUUGAGGGGCUUCUCCAAGACUUUAUUCAUAAUUCAUACUUCAUUCCUGUUCUGAAUUGCUGUCUGGAGGCAUGUUCUAGAUCUCUCCAAAGAGACAAGAGCUGUCUUUUUUUCUGUUAAAACAAAGUACAGUAUCUUGUUUUACAAGCUACAGUACCACUUCACUUUUGUUAAUUGCUUAAAUAGAGCUUUAAAAUUGUAGACAUACCAAAAUAGAACUGGGACUGAGAGCAAGUUUUAGGGGUGGGGAUAAGUAACAAAGUUCUCUGCUCAUAUAUAUAAGUAUAAAUAUAUAUAAAUAAAUAUAUAGAAAGAAAAAGGUUAAUACAAUGUAAGCAGAGAUGCUUGUUUUUUUCUUGGCUGGGCUGGCUUUAUUCACAUUCAGUUCCCUUAGUAUUCACAGGUAUAUUAAGCUUUGCUUUGGGGUAGCAAGGUAAUGGUUUGGAUCAAAAGUAGGACUGGUGCCGUUAGCUGUGGUGUUAGCUCAAGCAUACUCUGAAAUGGACAGAGGUACUGGGCUUCUGAUGGCAAAAGGAUAGUUUUAUGCAGGUGUUCAUUUACUGUACCUGGAAAACAGGGAGAGCUAUGAUAACCCAUUGAGAAAACUAACUGAAGAAGGUUGCUAUAAUGUCUUCCCUGGACAGCUUUAAUAUCCUUCUGAAAGUGAUCAAACAUGACAAAAUUGAGGAUGACUGCGUUUGGUCAGAAAUAUUAUGUAAUUAUGGAUGAUAGCCUACCCCUUUUAUUUGCAUGCUGAGGAGAAACUUUUGUCUGAUUAGGCACAGAAUAAUAGGCUUUUCACUGAAUGGACCUGGUUGCCAGGACUGAAUAGUUUAAAGUUGGUGAAAGGUGUCUUUAAUGUUAAUGAAAGAGAAUUGUAAUUCCUUUUGCAUAACUUGCAGUGCUCAGUAAGCCUGUAAAAUUUUAAUGUGUUAUGUGAAAAUACUGUCUGCAGCAAAUUACAUUUAUUUUGUGCCAUGUCUUGGGAGUUUCUAAGCACUGUUGCAGUUAGUGUUGAAUAGGGGAAAGCACUGAAAAGAUUAUUGUUGUCAGGAGAAUCUCCUAGUCUUACUGUGAAAUGUAUCCUUGUGCCUGUUAGGAUACUGUAACUGCAACACAAUGCAAAGUGCACUUAGUGCCAUUUCAUUUCUGUUCUGUUCUGUUGCUGGAUGUAAACGAUUUUGUGUAAUCAAACUUUCAUAAUGAGGUAGCUUUCCUUACUUUUUCUAUAAAGCUUUUCUACCAUCUGAGAUUUCUGCUAUGUCAUCCCUCCUUUGUUUCGUUCUGGCAAUUCACCCCAGUAUUUAUGCUAAUUCUAUAUCUUGUAGCAUGUUAGGAGUAGGUACAUGGAUGUUUUCAAGUUGCAGGCCAUUUAAACCACAAAUGGGUAAGAAGGGACAAGUUGGUCCAGCUUUCUUUUUCCAGUUUACAAGAGACCAUGCAGCUCUGUCUUGCUCUUCUGCCUUCAAGGCGUUUGAUGGCAGUAUUCAAAGCAUACCCUGAAGGUAUAUCUGAAAAGACUCAGAACUUGAGCAUUGUUGCUCUUCACUUUGGUUAAGAUAACCAGGAUUGUGAGAGCUUUUCUUGAUGUAUUCAGGAGUUGGAAGAGGCUGGGAUAUUUCCCCUUCAUCUGUUAAGCUGGUAGAGCAUCUCAGAGUACUAAAUGUCAGUAGUAACAAUGUCUGUUAGUCAAGGCAGAUUUUAUGUUUGGUGCCAUAAGAUGAGUCUGUGCAGUCUCAUCAUUAUUCUCUAAUGUUAUCACUGGUACAGGCUCCUGAGGUUAAGCUGUGUUUAGAAAAACGCUUCUUUAAAGCAGCAUGGGAGUUCUUUUGACUACAGAAUUAGUUAGCUGUGUAAGUGCCCCUCUCUGUUGCUAUGUCUCCCACAACACAGGGAGUGGGGAUUUUUCCUGCUCUUCCUAAGAUACGCACUGUUGUAAAUGGAAAUCCGAGGUGCAAGGGGAGAUGCCCGCAGGGAAACAAAGGGGGUGCUGGUUUCAAUGUCAGUCCCUUUGAGCCAGAAUUGUUCCCGUUAUCUUCCUACCAUUCCAAACAAGUUCUGCUUUGAUCAGGUUUUUCAUGUAUUUCUUGGGGGUUUUGUUCUUGCAGUUCACAUUAAGAGAAAUGCAAAUACUCAUCAGUCUGGAGCAUUCCCCCCUACCUCAGUCUGUUUUCUGAUUGUGUGCUUGCUUGGAUGUAAAUGAAUGUUGUCACCUGUCUUAGAGUAGCCAGCCAUUGGAUGGGACAUAUGUCUAUGAUUUUUCAAAGGCUGAUGUUUACCCCAUCAAUUAGGAAGAAAAUUGCAUCAUUUCAAGACCUUGCUUAGGAGAGAGGUUUCUCCUUUUGAACUCAGGCUGUUCAGGUACCCACUCGGAGCAACUUUGUAUGUAUCAGCCAGUUGUUGAUACAAACAAACGAAAAAUGUUAAUGGGAAAGAAACUGUUGUCAUUUCUUUAUGCUUUUUUGUUAAUUUUGCUAAUCUGGCUGCAUGUGCUAUGGAAAUUUCCUAUAUUAAUGACUAUUUUCCUUGGUUGUUGUUAAAAUGCUAACAAGGUAUAAAAACAUGGGGUUUGUGAGGGGGUUUGCAUUUCUCAUGUAAAACUGGUUUGAACUUAAAUACACCUUUGUCACUGAAUUGGGCCAGGCUUUUAUUCAUGUGCAAGAGCUAUAUGGGCAUCUGUUGCUCUUCUUUGUCUUGUCUUAAUCAUUUUACAUUUCAGGUUUGGUAUUUACUAUGUUCUUUGUAUUAUUUGCUCAGUACUUCCACUGUAAUUCUUCUUUCAGCUAUAUUUCUAUUCUGCUGUUAAUACCAAGCACACAUAAUACCAUCAAAGUUGGUUUUGAUCCUGGACAAACAAAAUAGUCUUGGUCUACUUUUGAAAUGUUGAAUCUUGGCUCAUCGGCUGCCUUCACUAAAGUAAUCCAAGAUUAAUCCAAGAUUUUCUGCAAUCUCAAAAUGCCUGAAAGUUCUUUUCCAGGAAGCUAAAGCCUGUAGCAUUUUAUAUUACCAUAAAUUACUUUUGUCUCAUGUAGCUUGAGCUACUUUCCUUACCCUACCUGUUUGCUUUCAGGACCAUUUUGCUUUAGUGGUAAUGCCUGCUAGGUCUCUUUAUGAAUGAACUUAACUCACUAGCCCUGAGGGAGAGAAGUUAAUUUUUGUCCAGGUUAAUGAAUUAUCCCACUCAGCAAGAGCCUGAUGAAUGUCAGAGCUAGCUGGUGGACAAAGGCCAGGGAAAGGAUUUGAGAGAAUAAGAAAACCCAUUUUUGCUUCCUGAGGCUGCCUCAUGUAAUUUCACCUUGUUUUACAGAAUUUACUUGACUUUGUAAGGAAAGGCUUAAGUGUGUGUUUAGUUUCUCUGAGCUUCCCUUCUUGCUUUCCAAAUAGACUGUGAGAGAUACUUAAGUUAAAAAAUUUUUAUUCUGAUAAUUAUUUAUGUAACUUGCAUAUAUCAUCUAAAGAUUUUGAUUAAAGGUACAGAUAAAUCAGAGUACAUUGUUUCAUCACUGUAUUUUUCUUUCUCUUAACAAUUUUUCUGUUCUUGAAGACAGGGAAACAUAAUCUGCCAUGUUCCUGUUUGAGUUGAUUGCUACCUCAUAUUAAUAUCCUUCCUGAAUAACUUUUUCAUAGCUGAGCAUCUGUGUUCAACCUCUUCUGCAGCAGUUAUUUUAAAAUUACUUCAGAGGCACCUUGUGAGGUGUGGCUAAGAAUAAUCCAUGAUUCAUUAACUCACUUCAAGCAUAUAAUCUGCAAAACUUCUAAUAAAGAUGCAGGUUAAACCACAUUAACCCUGAUAGUGUUCCUCACCUGUAUACCCUAUGGAACAAGCAAGUUCUCAAUUAACCUACUGAAAAGGUAUUUACUGAUCAUCUCUGUUUAGUACAGCAUAGAGAAUCAUGGGAGAUACACCAAGAAGGCCUAAGGUGAUACUUCCAGGGAAAGCACUGCAAAACCUGACAUGAAUUUGUGUAGAAGGCUAACUCUGAGGUGAAGGGAAAUCAUAGAUAAUUUUCUGCUUUUGAACUCUAGGAAAAUGUUCUACUCAUUGGUAUGUGAAUUACAUGCUGACAGUUAAGCAGCUGCAUCAUCUCUUGAGCACAGUGGGUCAUUUUCACUCUCUUCAUAAUGUUGCAGUUGCUAUUUCUAGAGCAUAUAGUGUGAGUUACUUAAUCACUCAGUAAUUACUGAAGUAUGUAAAAUGGCAAAAGCAUACAUUUUGUUUAUGUAUUUUGAAAUGCAUAAAAACUGUCCUCUUGCAAUUUGUAUUACUCUGCAGAGAACUUCUGUUGGCUGAGGGAGGCAUAACCUUUCACUGACUGAAGUUUUUAAAACCAGGCUGACACCCAAGCCUGUGUGAACAGAUUGGAGGGGGGAAAAAAGGUUUGCAAGAAAAAAAAACAAAGCAAAGUUCUUUAAAAGUAAAAUUUCCUAUAAUUGCAGAGUAAGUAUAUGAAGCAUGGAACUAACUGCAACAGUUUUUCUGUGGUUUUGGCUGAAGAACCUGUAGAUAACUGCUUUCUUUUGGGGGUGGGAUGGAAUGUACAGGUCAGAGUAAAAGCUAGACAGAGGAAUUGUCAUUGCUAUUCACAGAAAUGUAAAAACUGUGCUAUAAACCUAAUCUCUUAUCUUGUACACUAACCAGCAUGAAUGUUCAAUAAAUUCAGAAGCUAAAUCCA